AUGUUCGAGUGCAAAUACGAGGUCGACAGCCUUGCCGCGUUCCUGGAGGUCUCCUACUACUACAAUGGCACUUCCGAUCUGGGCUUUUUCGAUCACUUUCAGUGGGUUGACACGGUUCAGACAAUCAUGAAUACAGUUCUCGACCUCACAAUCGGCACAUAUGAUUCUGGCGGCCGUGUACUCGAUCAACCCUACACAUGGAACCGCACCGCAAACUCGGCCACCGAGACCGUCUCGAACCUGUACCGCGGGCAUCCGGUCAUGGGCGGCACGGGAUUGAUUCGAAGCUUCUUUCGCCCUUCGGACGACUCGUGCGUCUACCAGCUAUUCAUACCUGCGAACAUGAUGUUCUCGCACUGCCUUGGCCUCUGUGCAGAUAUCAUGCUGAAUCAGCAGAACGCACUUGCGCCGACCAUGGCUUCCAGCAUGCGGAACCUGUCAUCCUCCAUCCACGCCGCGAUCAGCGCGUAUGGAAUCUACCAAAUGGACGAUGACCAGAUCUACGCGUACGAGCUUGACGGCUACGGCAGCUCCAACAUCAUGGACGACGCAAACAUCCCCUCGCUGCUCUCGGCGCCGAUGUUCGGCUACGACGCCAACGACCCAGUCUACCAAGCGACGCGGCGACUGCUCCUCUCGCCCGCAAACCCGUACUACAUGCGCGGCCCGUCAUUAACGCGACCGGUGGGCCGCACGUGUCCUUCGGGCACGCCUGGCCCACGGCGUCCAUCGUCCGCGUCCUGA